CAGAGGCUCCCGAAUUUCGAAUUUAUAUGACUUUCAAUUCGAAAUUUAUUCAUACAUGACAGGUCGAGAAUCGAAGCCCUAUUUCUUCUAAUGCGAACGCGGCUAAAACAAGAGUUGCGUCGAAGAUCGGAACUGAUCGGAAUCGAUCGGUCUUCGUCGUCGAUUACUCGACGAUCGUCGACAAAGUUCCGGUUGCACCGAGCACGACUUGUCAGGGCAAGGACGGUACCAUGAUCUCCAUCUCUAUCUCACGUCCCGUCUUACCUGACGCACAAUGAAAGUACGCGAUGUAGUAGAGUGAGAGUGGUGGGGGAGGGUGGAAAGUUCGUGGAUUCGUGCACGGCGUUUGUGAAAAAGAGAGACGAGGAGGAGAAGGAGAAGGAAAGAAGAAAACAAGAGAAGGUGGGAGAGAGAGAGAGAGAAAAGUCGUGUCCGUCUCUCCGACGAAGCCGUCAUGGCUGAAUCAUUGUGAGCGACUCUCAGUAAAGGAAACUCACGCGAUAACGCGCGCGCGAAUGACACAAUCACGCGCGUGACUCAUUAUAAAAGUGACAGCAACAAAACGAUAAAAAAAAAAGAAAGAAAAAUUGCAGUUUUCACGUCGCAAGAAAAAACAGUGGCGGAACGUGACACCAUCGUCCCUCGCCCUCCUCGCCUCCUCGACUCCCUCGUACGAUCCGACCGUGUGUCGAUCCCCGAUCGCUCGAUGCCGAGGUUUUACGCGGAGGAGACGUGAUAUACAAAGACGACGACGACAGUGGUGGGUGGUGGUGGUUUCGUGCGUGAUCGUCCCGACGGUGCUGUGCACGAUGAACGGGUUAAGUCUGAGUGAACUGUGUUGCCUGUUUUGCUGCCCGCCCUGCCCGUCCAGAAUCGCCGACAAACUGGCGUUCCUGCCGCCCGAGCCGACGUAUACGUUCGUCGAGGACGAGGGCAGCAAAUUCACCAUCUCCCUGUCGGAGCGCGCCGAAUGGCAGUAUACGGAGCGCGAGAAGGAGUCGGUCGAGGGUUUUUACGCGAGGACAUCGCGGGGGAAUCGCAUAGCGUGCCUCUUUGUAAGAUGCUCGGCGACCGCUCGUUUCACGAUCCUCUUCUCCCACGGCAACGCCGUCGAUCUUGGCCAGAUGUCGAGCUUCUAUCUCGGUUUAGGCUCGCGGAUAAACUGCAACAUAUUCAGUUACGAUUAUUCGGGUUACGGGGUCUCGGGCGGCAAACCAUCCGAGAAGAACCUCUACGCGGACAUCGACGCCGCGUGGCACGCGCUGCGUACGCGAUAUGGCAUCAGUCCAGAGAAUAUAAUACUCUACGGGCAGAGCAUCGGUACCGUGCCCACGGUCGAUCUCGCCGCGAGAUACGAGGUUGGCGCGGUCGUCCUGCACUCGCCGUUAAUGUCCGGGAUGAGGGUCGCCUUCCCCAAGACUAAGAGGACCUGGUUCUUCGAUGCUUUCACCAGCAUAGAUAAAGUGCCGAAGGUAACAUCUCCUGUUCUGGUCAUUCAUGGUACCGAAGACGAAGUUAUAAAUUUUAGUCAUGGUCUGGCGAUUUACGAGAGGUGUCCACGAGCAGUAGAACCACUAUGGGUCGAGGGUGCUGGUCAUAAUGAUGUAGAAUUGUACAAUCAAUACCUCGAACGACUGAAGCAAUUUGUAAGCGUGGAAUUGGUAAACUGACGGCGACUCAGCCUCUCCCAAAGUCAGGGGGGGCAGGGUGGAGGCCAUAUGCAUGCAAGCAGUCAUGGACAUACCGUUUCUAACAACUCCAACACCAUCAGUUCCAUUUCAACAAGUUCUCCAACAGAGAAACUUGUCUAGCAGUCGC